UAUUUGAAUUAAGCAUAAUGUUACCUUGCAAUCCAGUAGCACAUUGUGCACACUGAGGGCUCUGUGCACCAUACCAUGUUUGUUCAUAAAGGCCAGGCCUUCCAGGACCUCGUAGGCGAUCUGCAGAACCCUCUCUGGGCUGAACACACACAUUUGUGUCACACAAACACUACGCCACCAUUGAGGUCGGUCAUUACUCCCACUGGAACAGCCACCAAAUGUCAUUACAUCGCAUUUCCUCAAACAGAUACCUUGCCCCAAUUAAUCGCCCUAAUGCAUCGUCCACUUGAAUAGAUAAAUGUCUCACAUGCCUCCCUUUGUGUCCCUUCAGAUUAAAAAAACAAAAACAAAACCUUUACUUUGCCAUCAUGUGGUGCUGUAGACUUCUUUACCACGACAUGGAACAGCCAUGGCAUCUGUAAAGCUGAUGUUUCCAAUGUGGUUGAAAGACAAAGGUUAGCAUAUUAUAUUGUAAUAGAUACAAUUUUAACGAUAUACUGUAGGAGCUAUAGAACUCGUCCUCAUUAAGUUUAGUUAAAUUGGAGCCUAGCCCAGCUGACUUGGGUGAGGGGUGGGGUAUACCCCGAACUGGUCGCCAGCCAAUCGUAAGAGACAUAUAGACAAACAACCAUUCACACUUACGGACAAUUUAGAGCAGAGGUCACCAAAAUGGCUUGCUCCCACAGAAUGAGGAUAUACGCAGAGUUUUACAAUACUUCUCAGACCCCAAGAGCGUUUAGAGUUGUUCUUAAUCUAUUUUCCCCACUUUGGGUAAUAUUGCGUAAAAAUAACAGACGAAGUGUGGACAGACCCAUAGUAUCGAUUUGUGAAGCAACCAAGACUAGUUUAAGGAAAUCCGCUCGCGUUCUGUCGCUGACGUGAGCAAACUCACACAGGUUUGUGGGCGGGCUAAAAUCUGUCUGAAAAUCAAAUGUCCUCUGAAAACAAGCCUAAAAUUACUAUUUUCUUUCUACAGAUUUCUACAGACAUCGUUUUUAAGUCCAGAACUAUGGAAUAAGUGCCAAUCUUUGCAGUAUUAGAUAGGUCCUCUAAUGUCUCCUGUUGUUCAGGGAGCAUUAAUGUGGAUUUUCAACAAAGAAGAACAGUCCAAUUGCCUUAAUUUAACCGUUGCAGAUUACCAUAACCUGGAUGACGGAGAAUCUACGCAGACAUUUUUAACAAUUCCCACCUGACUUUGUAACCGUGUUUUUGGAGAUCACUCAAACUGCUCUCGUAGUUUUCAGCAACAACGAUGAGACGUUCUGCAUGAAGAGAAGUAGAAGAAGGUGAAGACACUAUAGCAAUAUGUAUAGGUACGCCAAGGGAUAAUCAGUCACGUAAAUUCCACGGGUUAGGUUACACAACCCAUACCAUGCUUUCCUCUGGAGAUGUCCACAUACUGGCAGAGUCUGGGAUGGGUGACGGUCUUCAGGAUCUGGAAACGUCCCAGGAUUUUGAUGGAGUUGGGGGUCAGGGGGAGGCCGUUGCUGCCGCACACAUCAUGGGGGAGCGCCGAGGCAAAGAAGGUAAAAGCCCCCAGCUGGGCAUCCUUGAGGGGCUGCAUCCUGCAUUAUCAUUAAACAGGUAAAAGAGGUCUCAUUUGUGUUGUAUUUACUGACACCUGGUGAUACUUGGCACUACAGUAAACACUGCCGUUCUAAUCAUCAGUUGUAAUUAAGAAAUACUGCCAUGACACACGCGCACAUAUAUAUAUAUAUAGCAGACGUUUAAUUUACAAUAUAUAGAGACUAUAUUUUUACGUUUUAAACUUAAACCUAUUCCAUCAGCACAGUGCACAAUCUGUACAUUGAUCCUGCAGUCAACAUAAACCCACUGAACACAUCAUUAAAAAUGCUUUCCAGGCAGCAAACCAAGGAAUACAAAAUGUACACAUUACCUGCGAAUAUCGUGUCUAUUCCCGCUUUACGGUAAAGUGGUAUGGCCGUCUUAGAAGCAUGAACAACAGAUUGAUAUAAACAAUAUUUUCAUUUAGAAAGACGGGCGUUAUCGCCAGCUAAGGCAGCAAACGUGAUCUGUGACGUCACACUUGUGCGACAAAUACCAGGUAAUGGUUUACACAUGGGUUUACAGAUCAGUUGCGGUUAUGGGAUGCAAAUAAAGAGGACUUGAACUACGAAUUUGUACAAUGUUUUUCUCUUUUUUUCCAGGCUACCGUCAAAAUGUCGUUACGAAGUAAUUAUUAACAGGCGAUAGGUUUCGAUCCAUUGAAAACCAGCGGUAGAAACGAUCUAUAUAGCAUGUAGAUAAAGCCCGGCGUAUGUCAUUGUAGGGUCCACAUGUGUUCCACAUCUAUAAACGUUGGGCCAAAUUUAGUACCCUUGCGCCCGCCUGUACUAAAUUAGUGUUAUCCUAGCUAUAGUAAGCAAGUGGCAAACCCUGGUCGACGCUUGAGGAAACGUGUAGAGGUGAUUGCAGAAAGUUCAUAGGUCACCUUUUUCUCACUUCAGGCAUCCAGCCAAUAGGCAAGGGCAAGGUCAGCAGGUUUGUAGCUCGCUCCUUGUUCAAAAUGUCGAGUCCAAACCCCUUGGCGAGGCUGGAGCAGCGAGCCGCAGAGGCUGACCAGAUCAUCGAGUACCUCAAACAGCAAGUCCAGCUGCUUAAAGAGAAAGCCAGCAUCCAGGCCAGUGUCAGAGAGGAGAAGAAACUCCUGGUAGAAAACGCCAAGCUGAAGCAGGAUAUAGAAGACCUGAAAAAACAGCUGCUGGACAAAGAGAAGACGAGGGGAGUGCGAGACGUUCCCACGUCGUCAGUGGAAGACAAUGUGAAGUCCAAUGCCACCCCACCCCAAACCGGUGGUCCCGCACCCUUUGUCACCCACGCCGCCACCACUGUCAAGAGUCCUCCCCACAAAGACGACAGCAAGAAUAAAAAGAACCCAGAGAAAAAAGAGAAAAAGCCACAGCGGGUGGCGACACCUGGUCAGGAUGACGCCAAGGUGGAUGUGUCUCGGCUGGACCUGCGCGUCGGACGCAUCGUCACGGCAGAUAAGCACCCGGACGCUGAUAGUCUCUAUGUGGAGCAGGUGGACGUCGGGGAGCCUUCACCCAGAACGGUGGUCAGCGGGCUGGUCAUGCAUGUGCCUCUGGACCAGAUGCAGAACCGCAUGGCAGUUCUGCUUUGUAACCUGAAGCCGGCCAAGAUGAGAGGGGUGACGUCUCAGGCCAUGGUCAUGUGCGCCAGCUCGCCCGACAAUGUGGAAAUUCUCGAUCCUCCCAGCGGCGCCGUGCCAGGGGACAGAGUGACUUUCCAGGGCUUCCCAGGUGAGCCCGACAGAGAGCUGAACCCCAAGAAGAAAGUCUGGGAGCAAAUUCAGCCGCACCUGCGCACAGACGGCGACUGCGUGGCGACCUACAAAGGGGCGCCGUUCGAAGUGGCCGGAAAGGGAGUGUGCCGGGCACAGACCAUGAGCAACAGCGGCAUCAAAUAAAAGAAGAUGAGGUGCUGCCCUGGUGGCAAAUGGAAGUGAAUAAGCGUUUGAAGGGCUUCAAUAAAAUUUUCA